CCCAGAACGUCACUUCCGGUUAGUGAUCCCGCGUGUGAACCGGCGAGCUCAUGGAUACCCUUGUGUCUCCUGGGCUGGAUGGCCAGACUGGAGACGCGGAGACAGAGGUGCUACAGAGUGCAAGGUGGCUGUACUGUGGAGAGCCUGGCGACCGGCAAAAAGCUGUGCUGGUCCAGUUCUCCAAUGGGAGGCUGCAGAAUCCAGGCAACGUGCGAUUCACCUUGUACAACCGCAACGACUUGGCAAACCCCAGGGUGAGGAAUCAUCGGAUCCUGGCAGCCGAAACAGAUAGGCUCUCCUAUGUUGGAAACAAUUUUGGGACUGACACCCUCAAGUGUAACACACUUUGCAGACACUUCGUGGGAAUUCUGAAUAAGACUUCUGGCCAGAUGGAAGUGUACGAUGCUGAAUUAUUCAACAUGCAGCCACUGUUUGCUGAAGAUGCUGUUAAGCACGAACUUCCUCUGGAGAAUCAGAACAAGACUUUCAGGGAGAAGUUGGAUUCUUGCAUCGAAGCCUUCGGAAGCACCAAGCAGAAGCGGUCCCUGAAUUCCAGGAGGAUGAACAAAGUUGGCAGCGAGUCUUUGCAUCUCACAGUAGCUAAGGCUGCAGAGAACAUCAUUGAUAUGAAGGGGGUGGCCGCUCUGGUCAAUGACGCCAUGCAGGAUGACUUGCAAGAUGACUCCCACUACCUUCCUCCCUGCUACGAUGACGCAACCAAGCCUGAAGACGUGUACAGAUUUGAAGACAUUCUGUCCCCAGCGGAGUACGAGGCUCUUGGGAGCCCAUCUGAAGCGUUCAGAAAGGUCACAUCAGAAGACAUACUGAAGAUGGUGGAAGAGAACAGCCACGGCUCCUUCAUCAUAGAGAUGCUGAAGUCUUUGCCAUCAGAUGAGGCGAGUCGAGACCGGCAAGCCCGAAGAAUCUGGUUCCUAGACGUCCUCAUCAGAUUCCGAGCUCAGAAAGUGAUCAGGGGGAAAAGUGCCCUGGGACCCGGAAUCCCUCACAUCAUCAACACCAAGCUGCUGAAGCAAUUCACCUGCUUGACUUACAACAAUGGCAGUUUACAGAACUUAAUUUCGAGCUCUAUGAAAGCCAAGAUCACUGCGUACGCAGUCAUACUUGCCUUGCACGUAAAUAACUUCCAGAUCGACCUGACGGUGCUGCAGAGGGACUUGAAACUCAGUGAGAAAAGGAUGAUUGAGAUAGCGAAAGCCGUGAGGUUGAAGAUCUCCAAAAGGAAGGUGUCUCUUGCAGAUGGCAAGGAAGAGGAUCACAGACUGGGCACUCUGUCUAUCCCACUGCCUCCAGCUCAGACUUCAGACCGACAGCCAAAGCGGAAAAAGUUGAACUAGAUGUU